AUGUCAGAUAAACCGGAAGACCUGCCGAUCUGUUCCGUCGUUGGCGCUACCGUCAACCUGCUCUCUGCCAUCCGGCCGCCUGGAUCGGCUGAUAGCUACUGGCUACCAGCCAACCUCCGGAAGAUGGAUAUCGGGGCCCAGACUGUUGAGAGCGAUGUCAUCAUCGCUGCUGGCUCGGAUCUCGUACACGAUCUAGAAACAAAUCCCAGCCUGAGCAUCAGCCACGCCGGCCUUUCUGUCGAGGGUUCUGGGGGAUUUCGCUAUUCGACGUCCUUGAAGAACAACAGCCUUUACGCGCUUUACAGCUCCGAUCAAAAAGUCUAUUCUGUCGGACUGAAGCCUGAUAACGAGGUUUAUGAGUCAGUUUCGGAAGAGUUCAUCAAUGCUGUCAACGCGCUCCCGGAUUGGGUAGAAAUCAGCAAAGAUAGUGACGAGGGCUCCCUCGAGGAAGCAUCAGAUGUGGUCAAGAAAUACCAGAAUUUCUUCAACUACUACGGAUCUCAUGUCAUCGAGGAGUGCUUUCUGGGCAGUCGCUAUCAGCUGCAGAUCGAACGCACCGAGACCAGUGUUGAAAAGAAGGAAGAGUUCGCACGUCAUGUCAAAGCAGAGUACAGUGGAAUUUUCAAUGCCCCUGUUGACCUCAGUAUCACAGCCUCCUCUGAAUACAACGACUACUUAAUUCAAAGACGCUCCCAAUGCAAGAUUCUGGGAGGAGACACAGGGCCCGCAAAUGUGUUAGCACAUAGCCCUACUCACACCGACAAGUUUGAUGAGUGGAUGUCGAGCCGCACCGUUGAGCCCACGAAUGCCCUUCUUCAUAUCAAGACAAGUGGAGUCAACACUUUCUUGGAACGGAGUGGGAAUGAAGAGCACCAAGAAGCUGGUGCUAAGCUCACGCCCGCUAUGGAGUAUCUAGGCAAUCUCUAUACAAUUAAAGGAUCGUUGUCCACUUUAUUCCUCGCGUCCUCCGGGUGGGUUGAGCUCUCUGUGACACCCCUGCCAGGGGUAUCAGUUCGCGUCGUGGAUAAACCCUCUGUAGUGAUCUCACAGCUAUCUGCAUCCUCAGUUAAGGUGCAGUCGGUAGUGAAGGAAUCAUAUAUUGAGGUCGAGCUUGUUAUCAUGGCACCAAAUGAGCCUGUAGAUGUCACGUUCAGCACAUCCGCGGCCGGACCUUUCGGUGCACUCAAUACACUCAACCUUUCACGCUAUGGCCCUGAGAAGUUCCGAACUGCAAUUAGAGGCGUUUGCACUGCGGAGAAUGCAUUUUCAGCCACAGUAUCAAGUCUGAGAUCCUCGGGGCGAUUUGGAGGCACCGGUUCGCUGGAUGGAACCUUGCAAGUCGAAGCCAGGGAAUAUGCAACGUACCAUAUGACAAUGCACAAGCAGACACCCGGAGUGCCCAUGAGGCUGUUGCCGAUCAUUACUCGGCCGGAGGCACAUUAA